CGCCAAGCUUCUUGCACACAUACACUACUGGCACGCAUUUACCUGGUACGGGCCUAGAGAAACAAGGGAAAAAGCUACAGAGCUCGAUUAUAAAAGCAAGCAAGACCAAGCUACAAUUUCUAACUUGAACAAACAUGGUUUUCCAAGACAGAGUAGACGAUGUGCCCCAGGAGCACCAAGUGCAUCGGCAGGGACAAUGGCUCCCAACAGACCACCGCAUUCACAGGGACUGGAUGAACAGCAUUAUCGAAAAAGUCGACGCCAAUCCAAAGGAUUAUCACCCAUUCAUCAAAGAGUUCAAAUCCCUCAUUGAGAACAACACUUGCAUCUAUCUUCUUGUGUCCUCAAUGUUCGAGGAAAUCCCAACCAAGAAGCCGUAUUCGCAAGACCCGGCAGGCCACAAGCAAGUUCGAGACUACGAGCACAUGUUGAUGCUCUUCAAUCAUAUUCUCACGACAGCGCCCGAAUGGAACGACCGAUCCUAUGGCGUCGGUAUGGUGGGGACUCCAAUGAACGCUAUCCUAGACUGGCCAAUGGGAACGCCAAGCGGCUUUGCCUUCUUCCUAGAUCCUGAUGUGAACAAGAUGCUCAAAAAGCUGCUGAAUGCCUGGGCAGAAUUUCUCUCUAGUCCCGCCUCCGCCUAUGUCCUCGGCAACGACUGCAUCGGCUGGUUCAGCGAGCAUGGCACGCAGGAUCUCUGCGCGACUGCUAACGUUGGCAAGACAUCAUACGCUUUUGAAGAGUUGUUCAAGUGCGAUCCUACCGCUAAGCACCAUGGCUUCAAGUCCUGGGACGACUUCUUCACGCGGCACUUGCACGAGGACAAGCGGCCCGUUGCUUCGCCCGAGGACGAUAACGUCAUAGCAAAUGCGUGCGAGUCGAAGCCUUACAACAUCGCCCGCAAUAUCGCUGCACGUGAUCGCUUCUGGAUCAAGGGCCAGCCCUACAGUCUGCUUGACAUGCUGGACCACGAUCCAUUGCAUGAGCACUUCGUUGGCGGCACAAUUUAUCAGGCCUUUCUCUCCGCGCUAAGCUACCAUCGCUGGCACGCACCUGUCUCAGGUACGGUCAAGAAAGCGUACGUGAAAGACGGAACGUAUUUCUCCGAGCCGCUUUUCGAAGGGCUGGGCGAUCCGACGACGAAGUCUAACGAUAUCAACAAAGCCGGUGAGGCAGAUGGGCAGGGGUAUCUGACCGCGACGGCUACGCGGGCGAUCAUCUACUUUGAAGCCGACAGCAAGGACAUCGGAUUAGUGUGCUUUUUGGGCAUUGGAAUGACGGAAGUGAGCACAUGCGACAUCACGGUCAAGGAGGCGCAACAUGUCAAGAAGGGUGACGAGAUUGGCAUGUUCCAUUAUGGUGGUAGCACGCAUUGUGUGAUCUUCAGGAAGGGGCUGGAGUUGGAGGCAUUCCCAGAGAUUGGGGGCGAGGAGAAUCUGCCUGUGAGGUCGAGGCUGGCAGCAAUCAAGGGACAUAGCUAAGUGGGCGCGGG